ACGUCACGGCGUCACUUCACUGGUUUGUGUUAUGUGAAUAGUGAAGUCGUUUUUUUUCUCUUGUCUUGUCGGCAAUCAGUGGAAGCGUAGUAAUAGAAUUUUUGAUAAAUAUUAAAUUGACUGAUAUUUAGCGAUAUUCAAGAUGAAGAAAGUAAUAUUUGUAUGUUUGUUAUCACUCUCCGUGUGUCUCAGCGCACCAAACCAGCCACAAGAAGCGGCUCCGGCAGCUACAGCUCCUGCCGCUGCUCCGGUUGCUACAGGUACAGAUGCGAGCGCUGCACCGAAACCAGAGCAUCCUGUAGCUAAGGCGAAUGAGACCGCACCUAAGGCGGCGGCAACAGUACCGGCACAGAAUACUACGGCUACCAACAGUACGCAACCAGCUCCAGCGUCAAACGAGACUACUACUAAGACCAACGAAACUAAACCAUCUGAGAAAACCAACUCGACAGACGCUAAAACCAAUGCUGACGCUACAGUGAAACCCACUGAGAAAGUACCAGAACCAGCGAAAGAAAAAACUGAAAACAAAACAGCAGCCCCCGUUGCUCCAACUAACGGUACUAACGCAGAUAGCAAGGAUGGAAAGAAGAAUGAAACUACUCCCACACCGAAGGCUGACAAUGUUAUCCCCACUGUUGCGCCUACGGUCCAAACUAAAACCAGAGCAUUCGAUGGACCGAGCUUCAUUGGAGGCAUCAUUUUGACUCUGGGUCUCCUCGCCAUCGGUUUCAUGGGCUUCAAAUACUAUAAGAACCAAACCGAAAGAAACUACCAUACUCUCUAAAUAAUUGAAGUUCACACUAUUCUAAGUGCACCAAAC